AUGUCUUCAGAGCACCCCGUUGCUCAAGCUGCAACUUCGACCCCGCCUCCCCAGUCAAAUGCAUCGCGCGGGCUCAAGCGGCGGCGACUUUCAACCUGCUCGCUUUCCGAUCCCGAGAACCCUCCGGAGCUUUCAACCCCAACAAAGCGACGCAAGAUCCACCCCGACGCGGCCACCGCGUCCGUUCGCGAUUGUUCCUCAACAACUACUCGGCCAAGGCCCUCAGUAGCCACCGAAGUGGCCGAAUGGAUCAACACCAUCCUCGCUGACACGCGCACCGAGUCGGAGAUCAACAGCCCUAAUAGCGACGCCGGCGUGCCCGCCUGGGCUGGCCCUGGCUCAUGGCUGGAACAAUACAUCACAACAUGCGUUGAGGGACUUCGCCAGUUCGACGAGAUGCACAAGCGACUCGACAAUAUCGAGCUUCAGAAGCGGAAGGAGGCAGAGGAACAGCGAAAACUCUACGCCUCGAUCGAUCGAACACCGCUGACCCUCUCAAGCGGCGGGCCAGGUUGUUGCACAUGGUGCGAGUCCACCUGGUGUGAUGACAGUGAUAGCGACGAGGAGCCGGACUAUUAUGGAGAUGACGAUAGUGGAUGUGAGCGGAGUGAGCAGGAGUACGAUAGUGAUGGAGCCGACGGCGCCGACGAGGGUGCCGACGAGGAGGACGAUGACGGUUGGAGGGAGGACGAUGAGUAG